AUGGCCUCUCGUGCAUCUGGGAAACGCCUCCCCAUCAGCUGCCAGGCCUGCCGCACGAGAAAGAUCCGCUGCUCGCGCGAUGGUCGGCCCUGCCAGACGUGUGUGCGUCGAGGCCUGGGUGCCGAAGAUUGCAUCUAUCUCGGUCAGCCCCGGCUGUCUGUUGAGCAGAGCUCGUCGGGGGAUGCCACCGCGCAGAACGAGCUGCUGGCCCGAAUCCGCAACCUCGAAGGGCUGCUACAGAAACAAGUGGCCUCGCAGGCUGGAACUCCCAGUGGCGGCGCGGUGUCCCCCCUCGGGGCUCCGAGUGUGACGGGCAGUUUCUCGGAGUCGGAGAUGGGUUUGGCUGGCGAUGCCUGGGACUCGUGGAAUCCCAUGCUCGGCAAUAUUGGGUCCCUGCAGACGACCACCUCGGGCCAUGUGCGCUAUGUGCCGCUGAUGUCGCAGUGGGAAUCGGUCGUUGCGAAAAGCGCUGCUGCGGAUUGUCUGCGCAUCACGGAUUCGGAUAUUCCUGAGGACGAUGAUGAUUUGCAGAUCCCGCUUGCACGCAAUGGGAGUGUCUCGCGGGCUGAGCUGCUGGCUUUUCUGCCACCGGGCCGGCACUGCGAUACUCUCAAAGACGUUUAUUUUCGAGUUUUCUCGACGGUGUUUCAUAUUCUCCACGACUUGACCUUCGAAGCAGAGUAUCAGCACUUCUGUCAUGACCCCAGCAGCGUAUCUACCUCAUGGCUCGCUUUACUGUUUGCCAUCCUGGCAAUUGCCGUGAACGCACUCGAUGACGAUGACCCUCUAUUGUCCGACCUUGGCCGAGAAAGAACAGUCAGUCGCAAUAUCAAGGUGCUAACUGCACGCUACCGGUCAGCAGCGCUGCGAUGUCUUGCGGCCGACGGUGUCGUGUCUCGACACUCGAUUAAUUCCUUGCAAGCCCUCGUUCUCAUCAACUACGCUCGAAUCAAUCGCGGAUUGCCUAUCUGGACACUGUUAGGGUUUACCCAUCAUGUCGCCAUCUCGAUGGGAUGUCAUAUCGACCCGGAACGGUUCGCCCUGGGCGCCAUUGAGCGUGAGGAGCGCCGGCGAGUCUGGGCCGGGCUCAUGAUGCUCUACACAAUCCACAACUCAUCCUUCGGCAGCCUGGACCAGCAGAUGAUCGCACAAGACGUACGGAUGCCCGCCGAUGUCGACGACGUCGACCUUCUCACAGGCCCGUCCGCCUCCAUGACCUCCGACCUUUCCCCCGGCGCCCGUCCAACGCAGAUGACCCAUCUCCUCUUGACAUUUCGACUAUACCGCAUCUCCGCCAAGGUCUGUGAGACCAUCUUCAGCGCCCCACACGCAUCCCGCUUCAGCGUAGCAAAACUCGAGGCCGAGAUCCUGGCUGUUCGCGAGACCUGCGAUGCACGGUACCUGCUCGAUACGAGCCCCGAGCCAAUCUCUCUGCCAGUGCACCAUCAGGCCAAUCUCAAUAUCUUGUAUAGCCACGUCCACCAGCUCUUCCUCCUUCUCCUCCGCCCUACCUUGUGCCGAUACCUACAAGGCGAGCUCACUCCGGAUACCUGCGCGUCCAGAGCCAAAUGUGUCGUCUCCGCCAAGGCCUCGCUCACCGUGUUUCAGACUCUGUUCGAGUCAUUGCAGUUUGCGCCGUAUAAAUGGUAUACCUGUGGUCUGGGAAGUUUCCAUGCGUUUCACGCGGCUGUCGUUCUCGCCGUCAUUCUCUUGACCCCGGAGAGUCAGGCCGAGUUUGAGGAGAUCAAGGCCGUGCUGGAUCGCGCCUUGGAUGUCUUUGCUGCGUUGUCGGUUCGCAGUGUCUUCUGUAGCAGGGCUGUUCCUGUUGUGCGACAGAUUCUGUACGUGCCCCGUCUUAGACUCUACUUUACCCUAUAUCCCUCUCCCUCUCCCGCUGUUGCUGUGGGUAUUUGCCCGGAACUAACAUCUCAUUCUCUCAGUGACGUCGCCUGUACAAACUACUAUCAGCAAAAAACCCAUUCCCACCUCCACGCUUCAACCCAAAUCCUCUCCGCCAUGCGUCCCAGCAUCUCUCCCGCGGUAACCAUGCCUGAAAGCUUUGUGCUGUCGCACCAGCACUCCCAGUCCCAAUCUCCCGUCCCAACAAUCGCCUCAUCAGAAAGCGAUCCAUCCUUACAAUCCAGUUUCGGCGCCCAGCUCCAGCCCCAGAACUGGCUGGGCCCGACUUCGGUGCCGUGGGAUGCGUUGGGGCCGAGUAUGAAUCAGUUUGGAUUUGAUGGGGGUUCUUCUUAA